AUUUCUCUCUACCAUUUUCAAUAUCAAAAAGUUUCUUCAAACAAACAAGUAUUAGAUUAACAUUAUCCUCUUCAUUUUCAGCAAUUCAUGGCUAAACUAAUAUAUUCGUAUCUAUUCAUCUCCAUGUUUGUUCUCUCAGUUCUUUUGGCGUUGCCAAAUGCAGAAGGAGCGGAUAUUAAAAGAUGUGUUGUGGACGUGAAGCUUAGCAAGCCAUGCACUUUUCAAGAAUGCAUACCACUUUGUUUUCAAAGGUACAAUGGGAAUGGCGUUUGUACCGGAAAGAAAAACGAAAUUUGCACUUGCGCCUACAAUUGUUAAGCUAUAAUAUGUUGUUAGCUAGACCAAAAAUCUUUAAUGUUAUGGUGCCUUAGUAAUCCUUGACUCCAUGUAUUUGGAGGAUAUGAUCAUAUGAAUAAAGAUCUUUUAAAUUUUCUA